GCUGGCGGUGGCUGCGGUGGCCGCUGGGGCCACCAUCGAGGCUGCAUCCAGCGGCAACUCGACCCCGCCGGCGCGGGGACUGAAGAGGUGCAAGGGAGAGCGGCGAGCUGCUAACAAAAGCCCUCGGCGCGGGGCCCAAGCCCGGGACCUGCGAGACUCCGCAAAAGGACACCUUUCCGCCAUGGUGGACCCGGUACCCGAAGAAGAGAAGGCAGAAGCUGAGCCCGGAGGCUCAGGAGGAAACGGAGCCACUGCGUCCGUGCCCCCUGAUGCACAGGGCGCCCAGCAGCCCGCGGCCUCUUCGACCUCGGCCUCGGCCUCCGCGGCGGUGCCCCGCAAGGUUGAAGUCCAGUGCGCAACAGAAGAUGGGCGGCGGGAGCAAUCCCCUCUGCUGCACCUCGACCUCUUCAAUUUCGACUGUCCAGAGGCCGAGGGCAGCCGCUAUGUACUGACCAGCCCUCGUUCUCUCGAGGCCUGUGCCCGCUGUGCCGUCAAACCAGUGGAGCUGCUGCCACGGGCUUUGGCCGACCUGGUGCGCGAGGCCCCAGGCCGGUCCAUGCGAGUGGCCACCGGCCUGUACGAGGCUUAUGAGGCAGAGCGGCGCGCAAAGCUGCAGCAGUGCCGAGCCGAGCGCGAGCGCAUUGUGCGCGAGGAAAAGCGGCGCCUCUUCACGCCAUUGGGUCACGCAGCCGCCGCAGCCUCGGCCCCCAGCGCAGGCAGCAGCAGCAGCUGCAGCAGCACCAGCCUCCCGGCCUCACCUGCACCGCGUGCUCCCCGCAAGGCAUCCUCCAGUCCGUCCCCAGCCCGACCCCAAGCUCCACCCACGAGUUCGCGGGCGGGUAGAAAGAGCCACUCACUAGACUCACUGUCCCGCCGCCGAGAAGGCACCCUCAGUUCUGAGUCCGGCGCGUCGUCAUCAUCCUACAGCGGGGAGAGCCUUCGGGAGCUGCGCUGGCCGCGGGCUUCAGCCCGGAGCAGCUGCCCCGCGGGGUCACUAUCCUCAGCCCCCAACCCUCUGGGCCGCCCGUCUGCCCUGGCCCUAGUGCCACUCACAGCCCGCAGCUUUAGUCUCGGCGAUCUGAGCCAUUCACCGCAGACAACUCAGCACGUGGAGCGCAUCGUGCGCCAAGUGCGCGCGGAGCGGGGACUGCGCGGGGUCCCAGAGCGCGACCGGAAGAUCGCGGCGCUGAUGCUGGCGCGGCACCAGGAGGAGCGAAUGUUGCAGGAGCAGCGCGCCGCCGCGCACGGCCAAUGGGAGCAGCAGCGCGUGCGCGCCGAGCAGCGGCGGGAGCGCGAGGAACGCGAGAAGCGGCGCUCCCUGGAGCAGGGUCGUCGAGCCUGGGCCGCGCAGGUGGAGGAGCGGCGCGGCCGCCGGGGCCGCGAGGAGCGCGAGGCGGCGCGGCGGCGGCAGCGCCAGUGGGAGCUUAGCGAGGAGCGGCGGCGGGAACUGGCUGAGCGCCAGAGCCUGCUGCGACGCGAGCGGGCAGAGCGCGCGGCCCGGGAGGACCGACUGCGCAAGCUGCAGCAAGAGCAGAACCUAAAGCAGCGGGAGGAGGGCCUGAAGCAAGGGCGCGAGCGGGCCGAGCAAGUCCUUAAAGAGCGAGCCCAGCGCGCGUCUAGUACCAAACAGCGGCAGGGGGACCAGCUGCAGCGGGAGAAGCGGGAGCUGAGCCGGGCCGAGCAGGCGCGCCACCAGGCGCUUCUUCUAGGUCGGGCCCGCCAGGAGUUCGAGGAGCGCGAGGGCCUGCGGAGCUCCCUAGAAGCCAGCAUGGGUCGCGCGCAGGAGAACUACGAGCACUUGGUGGAGCAGCGCACCCGGGAGCUGCGGGAGCGGGCCCGGAAGGAGGAGCUACAGGGCCGGCGGGCCAAGGAGGCCGCCGAGCGCAAAGAGCGCGAGCAUCAGGCACACCUUGAAGCGCUGGCUCGGGCAGGGGAACGGCGGCUGCAGCACGCGGCACAAGUGGCUGAGGAGGCGGUGCAGCAAAAGGCGCGGCGCGUGGGCCAAAGUAGGUUGGAGAAGGAGCGAGCCCAGCGUGCCAAAAAGGAGAAGGUGGAGAAGGACGAAGACUGCCGCCGGCGGGAGCUGCUCGAAGCCAUCGGGCGCAAGCUGGAGCGCAGCGAACAGCUGUCUCGGGAGCGGCGCAGUGCGCUCGAGAGCGCCCGCUCCACAGCGCGGGCUUCCUUCCACGUGCGCGAGAAGGUGCGCGAGGAAACCAACACUCGCUCCUUCGACCGCAUGGUGAGGGAGGCCCAGCUGCACGCCAGCCUGGACCGCAAAUGACCGCGGUGCUUCGAGGGCCAGACUGCCACCUUCAUCCCUGUGGGCCUCCCUUAUACACUUUGACCAGGCCAUGGGAGUCCCAAGUUGGGGCGCAGCACAAGCACCUCUCGAGGCCUCUAACCCAUGAGGCAAUAAGAGGUCCAACACGCCAGAACUUUCAGUACGCAGCCUCUGUUUUAAAAAACUGAUAUCGUAUGGAAAUGACAGAGCACAAUCUUUGACCAUACUCAUCCGUGGUUGGCUCCCGCACCGGCUUUUGCCAAGCUUCCUUGUGUGUCUUUUGGGUUGAAAUAGAAAAGAGCUGGGAGACAGGGGCUGGGUCGGGAAGGGGCGGGGAGGGUGCCCCUAGGAGAGAGUACAGGGGUGAUUGCCCCAUUCUGCAGCAGUCACCCUGGGCACCUUCUACGUAUUGGGGCCUGAGACCACGGCCCUUACUGCAGCUGAGCGGGCAUCUCCCAGGCUCACUUCCACCUUUUAAAACAUGGCAAGUUUCUCAAAGCUUGGAGACCCCACAGAAAAGCACAGUGUUUCUAAGGUGUAAGGCCACACCCAAGUGACCUAACAAAAACUAUUGAUUUUUGUAUGCUUGACUUUUAAUCGGCCACUUGAGUGAAUUCUGGUCUUAGUUCUGAUAGUUGUUGGGGUUUUUUUUUCAUCAAUUCCCCUAGCUUUUCUAGUUAGACAAUCAUCUGCAAAUAAUGAUCGAUUCGUCUUUUUUCUCUCUCCUAUUCUCCCAAGUGACACACACACAUCAGAUGGUUUGGUAAUACUGUUUAGCUUUCGUGGAAGCCCCCAGCCCCUGGGGGAGGCAGGUUCCUCAGGCAACAGUGUUCCACUUCACUAAGGUUCUUGCAGGGUAGUUUCAGGGAAGGCGGGGUCUGAUGCCCACCUUCCCAAAGUGGAGCUCAUGCCUCACAGCAGCCAUGCCUUAAGAAGCAGAGCUACCUUAUGUGCCUGCCCAGGCCCAUCCUGCCUAGACCUCCAGCCCUGGAUGCAGCCCCAAGGGUGGGCACCAGGGAGUUCGGACAAUAGGAUUCCCUCUGUGAAGGAAUCAGCACAAUGGCUCUGAGGGCAAUUAAUUGACUGUGAUGGCUAAAGAGCUGGAAUUGCCUCUCCACUCUUGAGAGUUGUGCUCACUAUUGUCAGCAGUGUGUUUCACCCUCCUCUUCCCCGUUAAAUCCCCUCUCCCCUGUGACAGAGUGUUUCCUCGGCCUCUGGGCCUCACCUUCCUCAUUGGCCAGAUGAGGCUGUCAGUACUCCUGGUACCUUAAGGUCUCCUGCAUCCAAAGCGCCACCUCAGUAUUAUUUGUUGGUCUUUUCUGUGCCUUUCUUGACCUGGAGUUGGGAGGCAGGAGGGCUGCUGAUGACUUAGUCUGUUCCUGGGAACAUGGAUUCCUAGCGUUGGAAGGAGCAGGGCGUCACGGACAUGCGGUCAUGUAGCUUCUAGGGGAAAAUACUUGUAAGGCCAGGCCAGUCCCUGGUUUGGAAAGUCCUGCUCAGUUGUCUUCAGGCAACUUUGACCCUAGAAUGCUUCCCUUCUGUGAAGCUGAAAUCAGCCCCCAGCAGUACCCACCCACUGACUCUGCCUUCAUUGGGGAAGGUGGGAAAUAAAACUACUUUUUACAUUAAAUCGGGAUCAGGAAAUAAAAGUUACCAAAAAGGCAUCAGGGUAGAAAACUACUAUGUUAGGCAUAUUUCGUGUAUAUUGUGCUGGACAGAAUGGUCCCUAAAACAUCUGGUGUCACACACACACACACACACACACACACACACACACACACACUCUUCAUCAGUAAUCCCCCCAUCAUGUGCAGGUGGGCACAGGAGUGUUGUGUAGAAAGAAGUGGUGCUUAGGUGUUAUACUUAAAAUGUCUUGGAGCCAGGAAAAGAGGAGUUCAAGGUUUAUAUCUUGAGAGGGUGAAUUUUUCCCUCAAUUUUUCUUCUUGUCAGUAACCAGGAUGUCAGUGAGCUGUAAUAAUUGGCAUUGUUUGUGAGUUAGGGGUAUUUAACUAAAGUGUUAAUGUGAUACUGCUUAUUACCUUGUGGCUCCUGAUUUGCUAGCAGCCUUUUGAAACGUUAACUGAAAGUUCUACCUAAAACUACUUACUUCCAAAGUAGGUGCAUUUAUAUGACAAGGACACGAUCUGGUUUUUGGAUAAGGCAGUGAAAGGUACAUAGGGGGUCUCACCUAGCCCUUUAUUCAGUUUGCUUUCUGACUUACCCAGUGACUGGGUAGAUUGCAUCUCUGUGGCUUGGUUUCAUGGCCAAGGGCAUCAUGAUCUCAGAAUGCGGUGCUCUCAGUGCUGUGACUUUGGAACUGCAGGUGCAGUCAGACAGGAAAGAGGGUCAUGUGACUGUACUAUGCCUGGAGAAAUGUAUUGUACCGUUGUGACCUAGUGCAGAGAGGAAUGGUCUGGAAAAGCAUGUGCAGGUCACAGUGGCAUGUGGGACGCAACAGCUCAGAUCGGAAUGUCACCAAAUGAGAGAUUUGCACUUGGAGAAAAGCAUUGCGUCAAGGAAAGAAACUUGGAUUCGACAAACACAAACAUAUAGCUAGGCAGAAUUCAAGCAAACACAGAAGUCUGACUUACUAAUAGUAAAGAAUGGUCCUUCCACAUUUCAGAGCAUCCCCGGGAACCCAGACCCAGCUCUGUGUCCUAGGAGGAGCAAUCUCACUGGGCUUUGAGGAGGAGCAAUUUCCAAGAUUCUUUGUUGGGCCCUUUAUAUAUGUUCUUCUCUUUGAAAUGGUGCCAGAACGGAGAAGUGUUUUUUAUUCUAAAUACAGCAAGAGGAAAUUUGAGGUGUACGUGUGGCUGAGAUGAUGGUGGAGAAUGACUUGCUUCUCCUGAUGUGAACAUCCUAACAAGUGCCCCGAAUUCUCCUGAGAGCACCAUGCUGGAAGUUCUUCUCACCUAGGACAUUGCAACCUUGAAGUGGCCCAAGACCUUCACAUUUGCCCUCUUGGAGCAUCCUGUGAAGGGAGGUGAGGGGGAGUGGAAAGUAUUGGAAGAAGCUUUAGUUUGGUUCAUUGCUAAGAAAACAAGCAGGAUCAUCUAUGGCCAUACCACCCCGAACACGCCUGAUCACGUCUGAUCUCAGAAACUAAGCAGGGAGGGGCCUGGUUAGCACCUGGGUGGGAGAAAACAAGCAGAACAUUGUCUCACAUAGAAUUACCCGUGAAGCUAGCCCGGCC